GUUAGACACGUGAUACAGACAAACAAUUAAAGACAGAAAGAAAGGGAGAAAGGAAAAAAGAAAAAAAAGAGAACUCGAGGAAAGUUUAGAGCGAGUGAGAGAAAAAAGAAAGUAAGCGAGUGAGCGAGACUUUGAAGUGUUUUGAACCGUCUUGUGAAGCGUUAAGUGAAGCUUCGAAACAGAGAGAAGAGAAGAAGCAGGUUUAAGACAGACUUCUCAAUAUGGACGUGGAGGAAGACAUCUGGAACGCCUCCUCCUCCUCCUCCUCCUCCUCCUCCUCCUCCUCUUCCUUGAACGAGAGCCUCUCCAUCACCAUCGCCGACCCUCAUGAUCUUCACUAUCCAUGGAGGGUAAUUCCCUACUUCUACCUCCACCUGACGACCUACCUGGUGACCCUAGUAUUUGGCGCCCUCGGGAACGUAGCUGUGAUUGUUCUGAUGGCAGGUGACCGCAAGUCCCGCAACACCACCAACAUGUUCCUGGUGUCGCUGAGCGUGGCGGACCUGCUCAUGCUGCUGCUCUGCGUCCCGCUCAAGACUGUCUCGUUCUUCGUGGUCUUGUGGGACUCGGGCGGCGCGGCGUGCAAGAUCGCCAGCUACGUCAUGAUGCUGUCCUUCACCGCCAGCGUGCUCAACCUCACCGCCGUCAGCCUGGAGAGGUUCAUCGUGAUCGUGUUCCCCAUGAGGUCAAGGUCACUGUGCACGAUGAGCAACUGCCGGAGGUCAGUGUUGGUGGUGUGGGUGACCUCGCUCCUGCUGGCCAGUCCUGUCAUCUUCGUUAUGCGCAUGGAUCAGGUUGUGUACACGGACCACGCCGGGACAGUCGAGGUUACCGCCUAUUACUGCCAGAAGAUGGACUCCCUCGCCUUCCUCACCUACCAGCUGUCCGUUCUCUUCCUCGUGCCGGCCCUGCUAAUGAUUGUCUUCUAUGCAGCCGUCAUACGUGAGCUCUGGCGGUCCACCAAAACGAUUAGAAUGCUGACCAAUACAGGGAGAGGAGGAGGAGGAGGAGGAGACAUAGAACACGAGCUGGUAGACUUAACCGUAGAAGGAAGACUCAGAGAAGGGAGACUACUUGGAGGAGGAGGAGGAGGAGGAGGAGGAGGAGGAGGAGGAGGCAGCGAGUCCCGAUACAACAGCUCUGCCUCCCUGUACGUCCCAAUCCCCCCGGGGCGCCGCUCCCGCACGCCGUCCCCCGGGGGAAGACUUCUGCCGCGCCGGGGGAAGGAAAAAGGCGAAGACGUAAAGAAGGCCCGGAAACAGGUGAUUAAGAUGCUGAUCGUUGUGGUGGUGCUGUUUCUGCUGUGCUGGGGGCCUAACAUCAUCAUGGGCGUGUGUAUCAACCUAGGCCUACGACAGUUCAAUGAGGUCUUCUACAACUUCAACAUCGUCUUCAUUCUCCUGCCCUUCGUCCACUGCUGCAUCAACCCCAUCAUCUACUGCUUCAUGUCAAAGAACUUCAGACGGGCUAUGCGACGCGCUAUCCCCUGCUUCUCAACCUCCUCCUCCUCCUCUUCCUCCUACUCCUCCACCUACUCCUACUACUCCCCGGCUUCCUCUACCUCCUCUGCUUACUCCUGCUCCUACUGCCGUGUCCUCUGCUGCUGUAGGAAGGAGAGUGACCCCCCGCCUGGCCUGCUGGAAAGAGUGGUUAGCAGAAGUGUCUACUGUUCCUACUCUCCCGAAAUUAGCACAAGGCAUACAGACUUAGAGAGUGUGUCCAAUAUGUAAAGGAAAAAAGGAAAAUGAGUGAGUCUACGUUUGUUGGUAGUGGGUCGGGGUAUAGAUCUCCCGUUUUCUGUUUAGUAUUAAGUUAUGGUAGAUUUGUGGCUGUUAUUGUGAGGGAAUGAACGAAGCUAAGUGGGUUUGCGUCUUAGUGGGGGUUAGAUAUCACUGUUUUUCUUUGGGUUCGUUUUUGUCAUUAUUGUUCGUGUUCAAAAUGUCUAAAAAUUAUGUGGGAAAGAAGGAAGGAAGGAAGAUAUUUUUGGUUGAUAUUGUGAGGGAGUGAUCGAAGCUAAGUGGGUUUGAGUCUUAGUGGGGGUUAGAGUUCACUGUUUUUGUUUGGUUCGUGUUUGUCGUUAUGUUUCGUGUUCAAAAUGUCUGAAAAUUAUGUGGGGAAAGAAGGAAGGAAGGAAGAUAUUUUUGGUUGAUAUUGUGAGGGAGUGAUCGAAGCUAAGUGGGUUUGCGUCUUAGUGGGGGUUAGAUAUCACUGUUUUUCUUUGGGGUUCGUUUUUGUCAUUAUUAUCGGCAUUGCAGACGCCGAUCAACAGUUUGUCCAUCUUCUUGUUCUCUUCAAGUUGUUUUCCUGGCUCUGCAUUGUACACAUGACAUUGUAUAAUAACAUUUGUUAGCCCUGAUGAACCCUACAACAUGGCAUUAUAUUUUUUUUCUACGUCUAGGCCUG